AUGACUGAAUUUCAGAUUGGCCAAUCUUUCCAGAGUAAAGAGGAAGUCGUGUUGAGUGUAAAAGAUUACAGUAUUCGGCGUGGAGUUGAGUACAAGGUUAUGGAGUCCGACAAUCUGAAAUACCAAGGGAGAUGCAAGGAGUUUGGUAACGGGUGCACGUGGUUGAUUCGGAUAGUCAUGCGGAAAAGGAAGAGCACAUGGGAAGUUAGGAGGUACAACGAUCCGCACACGUGUAUGGCCACAUCGAUAUCAAGCGACCACAAGCAGCUUGAUUAUCAUGUCAUCUGUGCGAGAAUCUAUCCGUUGGUUCGAGCUGAUGUGUCAGUGUCGAUCAAGGUGUUGCAAGAGGCAACGGAGGCGACUUAUGGAUUCCGGCCUAGUUAUCGGAAGGUGUGGUUGGCGAAGCAGAAGGCAGUAGCGCAAAUAUAUGGCGAUUGGGAGGAGUCAUAUGCUGAUCUGCCUCGGUGGAUCCUUGGGGUCACAUGCACGAUGGAAGGUUCCGUUGCUCUACUAAAGACGUCCCCGGUUAGGGUGGGUGACCAAGUUGAUGAAGAUAGAGUCUACUUUCAUCGGAUGUUUUGGACAUUCCCUCCGUGUAUUGAGGCAUUCCGCCACUGUAAGCCGCUCGUAAGCAUCGACGGAACACACCUCUAUGGCAAGUAUGGCGGGACAUUGUUGUUGGCGAUCGCUCAGGAUGGUAACUCGAAUAUUUUGCCUGUUGCAUUUGCACUCGUGGAGGGGGAGAAUGCAGAGUCUUGGUCGUACUUUCUUUCGAACCUUAGAAGGCAUGUCACUCCACAGGAAGGUAUUCUCGUGAUAUCCAAUAGACACAACGGCAUCAAGGCUGCACUAGAGUCUCCCGAUAGUGGUUGGCAACCUCCACAUGCUUAUCGGGCAUUUUGUAUUCUCCGAAAGGCAUGUGGAACGUAUGCGUCUCAGGACACCACCUCUCAACGAACGCACUAA